AUGGCCGUCGCCCAGACCAUCCUCACCCAGGACCUCGCCGACGAGUACGAUAAUGAAGCUGUUGUGAAAUCGUUAGAACAAGUGGUUUGUGUAUUGUUAGUAGAUGGUGCCAAAGAUUGUACACUUCUGCUAGGCCUUGGCAUAGCUGGAGGGUCACCAUUUUGUAAGGCGUUUAAAGCAGUGAGAAAGAGAGCGAGACCUCAGGUAAGGCUAGAGAGAGAUUCAAAGUCUCGAGCUUUGGCUUCUUGUCCAUGCUCUCUCUUUCAGUCUCCUCCACAAGCUCUCGCUUUGAGCAAUUCAGCCUAG